GUGGUGAUCCACGCGGUCGAGCCCAGCGACGGCUUCCGCCAGCGGCUCCAGCAGAACCUCUCCACGCGCGGCCGCGCGGCAGCGGAGCGCCCUCCGAACCUGCGCGUGGAGGUGUGCGAAGGAGAUGCCCAGAGCUUACAGAGCUUCGGGGCCAAGCGGAUG